AUGGAAAGAGAAACACCAAAAAUUCAAAUAGAAAGUAAAAGAGAUAUAGAUUACGUGAAACAUAAUGUAACAACUUCUGUUUUUGAAAAUAUAAAGAGGCAUAUUGAUAUUGAUAGCAAUAAUGAUUAUGAGAAGGAUUAUUUAAAUAAAAAUGUUUCUAUACUUCUUGAAGAGUGGAUACGCAAUAUAUUUUCAAAUGCUGCACCCAACAUUCAAAUUAAUGGAAGUGAUUUUGAUCCUGAAAGUCAAGAAUAUUCAGAUACAGAAUCAUUCAAUGACAAUCUCUUCCAGAAUGUUCAAAGUUUUCAAGCACAAGUUGAGAAUAAGAUUUUAAACAUUGUUGAACGACGAAAAAAUAUUCCUGGAAAUUCAGAUAAUUUG